AUGUCUAACAAACGAAUUGAACAGAGCGAAAUCGAAAAAUAUUGGGAGAUAUUUGCUUCUCUAUCGAAUGGUGGCACACAUCUUACUGGUGCGCAGGCCGCACCAGUGUUGAAGAACAGUCAACUACGAGACGAACAACUCGAACGGAUAUGGGACUUGGCAGAUGUAGACAACGAUGGGAAUUUGGAUUUUGAGGAAUUCUGUGUGGCCAUGAGAUUGAUCUUCGAUCUUGUUAACGGGGAAUAUGCAGAUGUACCACCAGCGUUACCGGACUGGCUUGUCCCUGAAUCGAAAGCACAUUUAGUCCAGGCCAGUCGAGCACUUACCGGAAGACAAGUUCAAUUUGAACGUGUUGAGGAUGAUGAUGAUACCCCGGGCUUGAAGGAUGGUUUCGAUUGGUACAUGAGCCCAUCAGAUAAGUCCAAAUACGAAGAGAUAUACUCGGCGAAUAGGGAUGGCAGAGGAGAUAUCACUUUUGAAUCUCUAGAUACCCUCUACUCUUCUCUCGAGGUUCCAGACACCGACAUUCGCUCGGCCUGGAAUUUGAUCAACCCAUCUGCUGCACCCGCUAUUACAAAAGAUGCUACUCUCGCCUUCUUACAUAUACUUAAUAAUAGGCACGAAGGGUAUCGCAUUCCUAGAACCGUUCCACCAUCGCUCCGAGCAAGUUUUGAACGAAACCAGAUUGAUUACCAGAUAGAUAAUCAACGUGUAGCAUCGCCGGCGCAAAAAUGGGGCGUUACCGGUAAUGAAGAAACAAGCACUGGCCGCAAAGCUAAAUUUGGGGAGACAUAUAUGAGUCGACUUGGAAUAGGUGGAAAGGGCAGUUAUAGACCUGCGGGUACGGAUUUCUCGGGCACGAAAACCACUGAGGAUUGGGAGGAAGUAAGACUAAAGAAACAACUUGCGGAGCUUGAAGCCAAGCUUGAAAAGGUUGAAUCUGCAUCUGCAGCAAGAUCUGGUGGACGACGAGAUACCAAACCCGCGUUAGUCAAGAGAGAGUUGGAGCAGCUGCUGGAUUACAAGCGCCGCGAAUUACGAGAUUUGGAAUCUGGUGAGGGAAAGAGUAAAAUUGGUGCAAGCUUAAAGGGGGUCGCGGAUGAGAUCGCUACGGUCAAGGAACAGGUCGACGCUUUGGAAGCACAUUUGAGGACACGAGAACAGGUUUUGGCAGGGUUACAGCAGGAAAUUGAGAACGAGAAGAGCAGCCGAUAG